CCCAGGCUGGAUUCAAACCCACCAGCUCAGUAUGUGGCUGGCGCCUUAGCCACCUUAGCCACAGGCGCCAAGCCCAGAAUCUCCCUCUUAAACUCCUGAGCUCAAGGGAUCUUCCCUCCACGGCCUUUCCUCAAGCUAGGAUUACAGGCAGGAGCCACCACACCACGCCCCGCCCCAGGGUAAGGAAAUCUUAUCCACCAUUCACAACAGUUGUAAUAGAUUCACAUUUAGUAGUAGUUCAAAAGGAAUUCUGCAGAAACAGAAGUAUGUAAUUACUCGCAGACCUUCCUGCCCAGGCUAGGUUAGGUGAGUGGUUUUCAUUCAAAUUUCAGUGUGUGACGGUAUCUAUUAAAACAGAUUGCUGUGUAGCCUUCCUCGAGUGCCGGAUUCCGACGCCCAGCUGUUGCCCUCGAUAGAGUGCUGUGCCGUCACAGCUCACAGCGACCUCAAACUCUUAGGCUCAAGCGAUUCUCUUGGGACUACAGAAGCCUGCCAAAACGCCCGGCCACUUUUUGUUGCGGUUCUCAUUGUUGUUAAGCUGGCCCGGGCCGGGUUGGUCUCGCCAACCUCGGUACAGGUGGCCGGCGCCGUAACCAUUGUGUUAUGGGCGCCUCGCUCUUGCUCAGAGUGGCCUCGAACUCCUGAACUCAAGCAAUCCACACGCUUUGGCCUCCCAGAUUACAGACGUGAGGCAACGGGCCCGAGGUUUUGAUCUUGAAUCCAUCGGAAAAAGUGUUGGUCGAGGCAGGGCAAUAAUAACAACUAACGUUUCUCAGAAGGCAAUGCUCUCCGUUCGCCAGCAUUUCCGUUUCCAAGUCGCGGACAUUCUCUGAAAACCUGCGAACCGUAACCCAGUCCUGGGCUAUGAAGCUAGCAUUCAGUUCAGGCUCUGGGGAUGGGUUAGGGACCAGCGCCGGCUCCUCGGUGAUCUAUUGCUCUCCCCCGCAGGCCGUGGCCACGCCCCCGACAGCCUAUUAGCUCGCAGGUCCUCCGGCUGCCCUCGCCCACACGCUGUUGCCGUGGGUCGCACCAGGCUGAGGUGUUGCUGCCUGAGCGUUGGAUCCGAGACGUGGCUCCCAGGGCAGAGGAACCAUGUUGGAUUUCGCGAUCUUCGCCAUAACCUUCUUGCUGGCGUUGGUGGGAGCGGUGCUAUACCUCUACCCGGCUUCUAGACAAGCUGCAGGAAUUCCAGGGAUUACUCCAACUGAAGAAAAAGAUGGUAAUCUUCCAGAUAUUGUGCAUAGCGGAAGUUUACAUGAGUUCCUGGUUAAUUUGCAUGAAAGAUAUGGGCCUGUGGUCUCUUUCUGGUUUGGAAGGCGCCUUGUGGUUAGUCUGGGCACUGUUGAUGUACUAAAACAGCAUAUCAACCCCAAUAAGACAUUGGACCCUUUUGAAACCAUGCUGAAAUCAUUAUUAAAAUAUCAAUCUGGCUGUGGAAGUGGGAGUGAAAACCACAUGAGGAAAAAAUUAUAUGAAAAUGGUGUGACUAAUUCUCUGCAGAGCAAUUUUGGUCUCCUGCUAAAGCUUUCAGAAGAAUUGUUAGAUAAAUGGCUGUCCUACCCAGAGACCCAGCAUGUACCCCUCAGCCAGCAUAUGCUUGGUUUUGUUAUGAAAUCUGUUACACAGAUGGUAAUGGGUAGUACAUUUGAAGAUGACCAAGAAGUCAUUCGCUUCCAGAAGAAUCAUGGCACAGUAUGGUCUGAAAUUGGAAAAGGCUUUUUAGAUGGAUCACUAGAUAAAAGUACACCUAGGAAAAAGCAGUAUGAAGAUGCCCUUAUGCAACUGGAAUCUAUUUUAAAGAAAAUUAUAAAAGAACGAAAAAGAAGGAACUUCAGUCAACAUAUUUUCAUUGACUCCUUAGUACAGGGGAACCUUAAUGACCAACAGAUCCUAGAAGACAGUAUGAUAUUUUCUCUGGCCGGUUGCAUAAUAACUGCAAAAUUGUGUACCUGGGCAAUCCUUUUUUUAACGACCUGUGAAGAAGUUCAACAAAAACUGUAUGAAGAGAUAAACCAAGUCUUGGGCAGUAGUCCUAUUACUCCAGAGAAAAUUGAGCAGCUCAGGUAUUGUCGGCACGUGCUCUGUGAAACUGUUCGGACUGCCAAAUUGACCCCACUUUCUGCCCGACUUCAAGAUAUUGAAGGAAAAAUUGACCGAUUUAUUAUUCCUAGAGAGACCCUCGUCCUUUAUGCCCUUGGUGUGGUACUUCAGGAUCCCAAUACUUGGCCAUCACCACACAAGUUUGAUCCAGAUCGAUUUGAUGAUGAAUUAGCAAGGAAAACUUUUUCCUCACUUGGAUUCUCAGGCACACAGGAAUGCCCAGAGUUGAGGUUUGCAUAUAUGGUGACCACAGUACUCCUGAGUGUAUUGGUGAAGAGACUGCACCUACUUUCUGUGAAGGGACAAGUUAUUGAAACAAAGUAUGAACUGGUAACAUCAUCAAGGGAAGAAGCUUGGAUCACUGUCUCAAAGAGAGAUUAAAAUUUAUGCAUUU